AUUACUAGUUGUAGAGCAACAGGUAUUGGCCGGAGGAAUUGAUCAAAGAUAAGUCUCUUGUAUGUCCAACUGAUCGAAGGUUGUGCAAGGGCAACUAUGGGAAGCAUGGGAGAAUCCACAGCGACGACGGUGCAGGAGCUCGCCAACGCCGGCAAGCCCGACGUGCCAGCACAGUACAUGGUGCGCGGGAACCACGACCAGCAGCUCGCCACGGCCGUCGCAGCACCGAUCCCUGUCAUUGACCUCUGCUGCCUUUUCAAGGAAGACGGUGCCGCCGUCGAUGAGGCAUCCAAGCUUCGGUCAGCUCUAGAGUCGUGGGGUCUCUUCCUGCUCAGUAACCAUGGCAUAGACACCUCCAUGAUGGACGGCAUGAUGUCCGCGUCGAGGGAGUUUUUCAUGCGGCCACUCGACGAGAAGCAGAGGUACACCAACCUGAUUGGCGGCAAACAGUUCCAGUUUGAGGGGUACGGGAAUGACCGGGUGAGGUCACCGGACCAGAUCUUGGACUGGUCUGACCGCCUCUACCUCAAGGUGGAGCCUGAGAACGAGCGACGAACCGCCCUUUGGCCAACGCAUCCCGUAAACUUCAGGGAUGAUCUGCAUGAGUUCACGAAGAAAUGUGGGGCAGUAAAGGAUAACCUGCUCCAGGCAAUGGCGAAGUUGCUGGAACUUGACAAUGAUGACUACUUUGUAGACCAGCUUGGGGAGAAACCUGAAACUAACGCUAGAUGCAGUUACUACCCACAGUGUCCGAGGCCGGAGCUUGUUUUCGGUCUCAAGCCCCACUGUGAUGGAACCGUUCUUACCCUUCUCAUGGUGGAUGACAGUGUCGGUGGCCUGCAAGUUCUCAGAGAUGGGCUCUGGUGGGAUGUACCCGUUGUACCUCACACACUGCUGGUCAUUAUAGGAGACCAGACUGAGAUAAUGAGCAAUGGGUUCUUCAAAAGCCCUGUGCAUAGAGUCGUGACGAAUGCAGAGAAAGAAAGGCUAUCGGUGGCUCUGGACUAUUCUGUUGACCACGAGAGAGAAAUCGAGCCAUCGCCUCAGCUGAUCGAUGAGAAGAGACCGGCAUUGUAUAGGAAAGUGAAGGUCAAGGACUACAUUGCCGGGCUCUAUGAACAUUUCUCUCAAGGGACGAUGGUUAUUGAUACACUGCAAAUAUAACUAUGUGGUAUCAUGGGUGUCAUGGAAAAAAUGUGACCAUUUCAUACCCCGCAAUAGAAAAAAAUUACAUAUGUAUCGAGUAUUGCUUAAU